AUGAAUAAUUUAGUCACAAAAGAUAUUUUUCAAAAAGAAAAUAUCAUCUUAUAUCAAUCUACCGAUUUUGAUUUUGUUGAAGACAAUGUCUGCAGGGCCACGAUAAAAAGUUUAAAGAAGGAAGUGGUUUUCAUACCCAUUUUUCUGACCGCCGCAUUCACUCUAGAAAUUUUUAUAAACGAAAUUAAGAAAUACCAAAAACUGCAAGCUCAUGAUAACAUUCUGAAUUUAUACGGUGUCGUCGAACGAGGAUGUCCGAAGAGCUACUCGCUCGUUCUGGAGUACCCCAAUGGUGGCUCCCUUCAGCAGUAUCUGAGGGUAAAUUUCAACAGAAUGAAUUGGAACAUCAAGAUUACAUUUGCAAAGCAGAUCGCAACCGUAUUAACGUUUUUGCAUGCAAACGAUUACUUCCCUGGAAACUUGACCUCUGAGGAUAUUUUUGUUCACAACGAGAACAUCAGGGUAUGUAACUCGAGAUUGACUGGGAAAUCCGUCAAUUCACUCGAAAAGAUCCACGGGGCGUUCCAAUACACGGAUUCUCAGUAUUUAAAAAUUCAAGAUAUCAUCAUGCAUCAGAAAAGUUCCGACAUUUAUGGUUUUGGGGUUCUCUUGUUCGAAAUCGCAAGUGGAAAAAGACCGCUUAAAAUAGAAUCUCCAUUCAGGGUCGAUUUAUUAGAAGCUGCCAUAAGGCGCGAUCGAGGAAACGUUGAUUCCGAGGCACUGCGCGAAUAUCUAAGAAUACACGCAGAUUGCUGUCAACGUGAUGCAAGUCUUCGUCCAAGCAUCGUACAGGUCGCAAAAGACUUGGAAAAGAUUUGUGUUAAUGACAUAGAAUGUGAUGGGGGUCAAUCAAAAUUAUCUAUGGAAUCGCGGUCACCUUUCAAUAGGUCAACACCUGAGAUGGACAUUUUCAUAAAACAUUUAUUUGACUUCUUCUCCGAACAAUUUAACAUGCAAAACUUCAUAAUAUCCCCCAAAUUGGUUAAAAAGUAUAUCAAGGAUUUUAACAGGAACCCCGUUAGAAUAUUUCGUAGCUUAAUUAGUCAUCACCAGAAAUCUUGUUUCACCAGCAUGAUCGGUUUCUUUUAUGAAAACGGGAUCGGAACAAUUCGCGACUAUCAGAUGGCAUUUGAAUUCUAUUCGGAUGCCGCAUCCGGGUCAGUCGACGUCGAGAAAACGAAUUCCAUACCCUUUCCAUUUACCGAGAUAUACGAGACCAACAGGUCAAUAGGGCAGUUGUACACGGAAAGUCAACGUUUAGUUGGCAUUCGUUACUUGCGCGGAAUUGGCGUGAAGAAAGAUGUUGUCAAGUCAAUAUAUUGGUUGAAUUUAUCCAAGGAGAACGGUGAUUAUAGAUCAGACAGUUAUCUGGAGGCGAUACUUGAUUCGAUACUUUAG